AUGCCAAGAAAAGAUACCCACUUUUGUACGAAAUGGUAUGCUCAACUCGAUAGUACGAAAAAGCCCUGUUCACGUUGGUUGAAACCAGGUAAAACGACGAGUACAUUCCUAUGUACUGUGUGUAACGAAGAAAAAAGUUGCAAAAAUGGUGGUUGGUCGGAUGUUUACAAACAUUCUCAACGACUGAAGCACCUUCAGUGCUUGAAAGAUGUUACUCAGUCCGGACAGAUAUGUAUCACAUCAACAUCAUCGUCAUCAUCCAUGCAAAUCAACACAACUCAUGAACAUAUUCUAACAUUUGAUGAAAAAGUUCUACGUGCUGAAACGUAUUGGGCAUUGGCCACCGCUAAACACGGUCUUAGUUAUAACUUUUCACAACAUGUACAAGAAUUAUUCUCGCAAAUGUUCUCCGAUAGCAAUAUUGCCAAAACCUUCUCACUCAAACCGAGAAAAUUAUCUUAUAUCCUAUCGCAUGGCACCGGUCAUUACUUUACCAAGACGAUGUUACAAGAUUUAAUGAAAGCACCAGCGUUUACGUUGAUCUUCGAUGAGACUGUUACUGUCGGAGUGCGAAAGCAAUUGGAUUUACAUUUUCGAUAUUGGUGUGAAAGAAAGCAGGAAAUUGCAGUGAGAUAUUAUAAGAGUAUUUUCCUUGGACACGCAACAGCUGAGAUUAUUUUUCGUAAAAUAAUCGACUCGUUACGAGCGGACGGAGUUGACUUGACGAAAAUGUUGAUGCUUGGCCGAGACAAUCCGAAUGUAAAUAAAACAAUUGAAAAAUUGAUGGAUCAACAGAUUCGCAUCGAACGAGACAAACAAUCACCAUCAACAAUCAAAUCAACUAUUGGAUUGAUUGAUAUUGGUUCAUGUCCGUUACAUUUAAUACAUAAUUCAUUUAAAAUAGGCAUUGGCCAGACAAAUUGGCCGAUUGAAGAAUUUCUCAACAAUCUCGUGUUUUGGUUCAAUCGUUCACCGUCGCGCCGUGAAGAUUAUCGCAAUGUGGCCAAGCAUCUGUCCAGCAGACCCGGAAGAUUCAUUCGCCGAUUUACUUUAACACGCUGGUUAGAUAUUGGGCCAAUCCUCGAGCGUGUUAUCGACCAAUGGGCAAACAUAAUCAUGUAUUUCUCGGAAUUUAUUCCAAAUAACGAUAAAAUUUCUAUGAAAAAUCAACGGUAUCCACAAAUAACAGCAGCUAUUCAAUCGAAAUCUCUAUUAAUACGUUUACACUUUCUUGUUUUUCUUCAUAACCAUAUAUAUCAGCAAAUUCUCAUUUGGCUUCAACAAACUCAACCAUUAAUACAUUUGUUAUACGACGAAUGCGAACAACUAAUUCGACGCUUAUUCUCUUGUUUUAUCAGAGAAGAUCUCAUCAAGCACAAGUCCAUCGAUGCAUUCAUGAAUGUUUCCUAUUACAGUCAAGAAAAUCAAAAAUGUGAUGCAACAAUUAAUAUCGGUGAGACAACCCGUCGAUAUUUACAUGAACUAUCUGUUGAAGAAAGGCAAGAAUUUUUUCACACAAUUCGAACGAUUUAUUCUUCGAUCACUGAAGAACUUCUGCAAACCUUACCUUUAACCAACGAUCUACUCCGACAUUUACAAUGUCUACAUCCUUCCAUGCGCGAUUCGGAGACAGCAUACCUGAGCAUUAUGAACAUUGCACGAAGUUUACCUUGCAUCAUUCAUCCGGCUGAUAUCGAUCGAAUCCAGGCCGAGUGGUGUUUAUAUCAAAAUGAAAACAUACCAAAGGAUUGGUAUGAAAAGACCCAUGGUUGUCAUUCGAUUGAUCAUUAUUGGAGAAAGAUAUUUUCAUUGAAAACCAAUGCCGGCGCAGAGAAAUAUGUCGGCCUGAUGAAGUUAGUUAAAUGUGUGUUGGCAUUAUCACAUGGAAAUGCUGAUGUGGAGAGAGGCUUUAGUGAAAAUGGUUUUCUUCUCUCAGAUGAUCGUUCAUUACUCAGCGAUGAAUCAAUCAAUGGCCUACGCGCGACCAGAGAUGGAGUGAAAUAUUUUGGUAAUGGAAAACCUCAUGAUGUACCAAUUACAAAGAAUCUUCUCGAUUGUGUUCGUAACGCACAUUCACGUUACUGUGAUGAUUUAGAAAAGAAAAAAACGAAGCAGACAAUCACAAAGACAGCUGAAUAUGAACAAGCAAAACAAGAUCCCGACAAGGAGAAGGAAUAUUGCUUGUACGAUGAACAAAACACUCUGCACAAAGAUUUAGCUAGUAUACAGAAGAUCAUUGACGAAGGCACGGAACGAUUAGGAAAAGCCAUCUUGACAAGAGAUUUUAGUGCAAUCGGAACAGCUCAAUUACUUAUCGAAGGUGGAAAUAAAAAAUUAGCAAUGACAAACACACAAAUUACUGCUACUGAUAAUCAUUUGAAACAAUUAAGAAAAAAACAUCGAAAAUAA